GAGGCGCAGUCCGAGGAUACCUAGAUGUCCGUGAGGAGCACUCGCGGGGCUUCCCAGCCCCAUGGCGCAUAAACGAGGCUCCAGCCGGUCCUGCUCACGCCCCAGCCGGCUUCUUUCCGUUGUGUGGGAAAGUGGGUCAGCUCGGUUCUGGUCUCAAGUGGGCCUUUGGGGCUACUUGGUUCCGAUCAAGCCCUCCGACCCUCACCUCCCCCACCCGCUUCUGGGCUUGGCAUGGUCGCCACGCCGGGCUGGAGCCAGCGGUGGGGACAGCUUGCACACAUGGCUCGGGAGGCUCCGGUUGCCCAUCCGAGAGGCUGCCAGGCUCUAAAGUUCCCGACUGACCACAGCAGUAACUAAAUAUAGGAGCAGCUGGUGCGGACGGGGUGUCGCAGCGGCUCCUUUGCAGAGAUCUCGGAACUGCAGAUAAGGCACAGGCCCCUUUGUGAGCAGCAGCCCGGCCUGGGGGCUGGCAGCAGGACACCUGCGUCUGCAUGCUGAAGAAGAUGGGUGAGGCUGUGGCCAGAGUAGCGAGGAAGGUCAACGAGACGGUGGAGAGCGGCUCUGACACCCUGGACCUGGCUGAGUGUAAGCUGGUCUCCUUCCCCAUUGGCAUCUACAAGGUCCUGCGGAAUGUCUCUGACCAGAUCCACCUCAUCACCCUGGCUAACAACGAGCUCAAGUCCCUCACCAGCAAGUUCAUGACCACGUUCAGUCAGCUCAGAGAGCUCCGCCUGGAAGGAAACUUUCUACAUCGCCUCCCCAGCGAGGUCAGUGCCCUGCAGCAUCUCAAGGCCAUUGACCUGUCCCGGAACCAGUUCCAAGACUUCCCUGAGCAGCUAACCACUCUGCCAGCACUGGAGACCAUCAACCUGGAGGAGAACGAAAUCGUGGAUGUGCCCGUGGAGAAGCUGGCUGCCAUGCCCGCCCUGCGCUGCAUCAACCUGCGCUUCAACCCGCUCAACGCCGAGGUGCGCGUGAUCGCCCCGCCUCUCAUCAAGUUUGACAUGCUCAUGUCUCCGGAGGGUGCGCAGGCCCCGCCACCUUAGGCCACCCUCCUCGUGCCCACCCAGCAAGGGACAGAGGCCACUGGCCUGGCCCCCUGAGGGGAGGGAGGCCCAUGGGCGGCCAAGCUUGGGGGUUGGGGGCGGGUGGGCCGAAAAGUGUGCUGUGGGCGGGGGUGCAGCCGGUCCCGGAUAGAUAGCUUACAGCAGUAGUGGGCUCUGGAAUGCCCAAAGGAGGAGGUGAGGUUGGGGCUGCAGCCUGGUUUCUGGGCACUCACAGCUACCGUGUAAACUUGGGCAGAUCUCCUGCCCUCUCUGAGCCUUGUCGCUUGGAAAAAGGGGUGAUGGCCGGGAGCCUGUGCCUCUGUUGGGCUCCUUGGAGGUUUUUAAGGCAGCACAUGCCUCCAGGCACCUUCUGAGUCCACAGAUGAGCAUUACUGAGCAUUUUCUGGGCCCCUGUGAGUCAGAGGCCUGGUUUCUAGUGCUGAGAGCCAGUUGCUGUCCUGAGAGAAGACAGCCUCCCAUCUGUUUAUUGCUUCCUGAGAACGGACCCAGAUGAGGCCCUCCCCAGGGCUCCAUCCUCAGCCCCGUGGGUUCCUGGACUAGUGAGAACCUGAACUGGGGAAAGUUGCCGAGGGAGCUUGGCCUGGUGCUGCUGCAGAGCUAGAAUAUUCACGUAGGAGCCCAAGGACCAUCGGGCUGGGACAUGGGGGAAGCAAAUCAGGUCAGCUCUAUCCUUCCUGGUGAUUAGGAAAUUGGUGGAGUAGAAAAUUCUCAGUGCUCUGUCCCUCCCUGGUAUCACCCCAAAGCCACAGAAGAGGUGGCCCAGACAGCAGCAAAGCAAUUUGCGUAUGUGGCUCUGGUCUGAGGUGAUUAGAAGGCCACCCUCAUCACAGUCCCCCUCCUUCAGCAGCCUGGCUGCUUUGUCAUGGCCUUCUGAGGGCAAAGGGACCCACCAGAUUUGU